AUGGACGUCAGCGACGAAGCACUAUUUGCUGGAGGAGAGGCGUUGGCCAAGGCGAUUGCUUCCUUGGACGAAAAUGGCUUCAACACCGACGGCGAGAUUUACUCGGCCACGGUCCUUCGCGCGCGGACUCUGCUUGCGCUCGUCCGUGACGAGAUUCUAGAAAUUGCGCUUGGUUGCAACGAGGCCGAGGACAUUUCAGAGCUUGCUGGGCGCCUGAAAACGAGAUCGCGCGAAACAUAUGCAAAGUUCCCACUCUGCAUUCAGUACCAUCCCGAUAUCAUGUUGGAUAAAACUUUGAGAGGACCCACGCUCUACGCAAGAACCGUAACUCACCUUGAACACUUGGAGAAUUUAUUCCUCCUCGAGAGACUCAUGAUCAAACAUGGAGGCGGAAAUAUGCAAGACCUAAUCGACAUCUCUUGCGAAAUGCUGGAUAUGACGCUGGUGUGGUGGAAGCAUUCGAACCGAUUUGCUGGAAUGCAUAGUGACCUGGAAUGGUUGGUCACGACCUACGCAGCUCCCACCGCAGGUGUAUUAUGCAUCGAACUCCUCAAGCAGAUACAUAGGGACUCGCGGCAAGCGAACCGCUCUGGCAGUCUGGAAACCAACAACGCGCCGAGAUACGUGAUACCGCGUUCGCAAACAAUACAGAACCUUACUCUUUUCGUCGGCUUCCUGGAUUGGAUACAAAUCACCGAGCCCCCAACGACCGAUAUCUGUGGCCGUAUUCGUCAGAUUGUGUCCCGAGUACUCGACGAAAUUCUCGGAGGAGGAGGAGGCGGCGGCGGCGGCGGCGCGCCCCCAGACAAUCGGACGGCGCAGAUGGCACCGUCCCAGGCACUAGAGGGGGGAACACAGACUACGGCGAUGACGGCGGAGGAGGAAUUACAGAGCGCGACCUCGUUCGCACAGAUGGACUCGUUGUCGACGAUGUUUGAUUUCGAGAAUGCCGAUCUGUGGAAUUUCGAACUGAUGGACACGUACGGCUGGAUUGAAGCCUGA